UAUUUUUGUUUGUUUUAGUUUUUAGUUUUGGAUGAAGCCGAUAGAGUUCUGGAUGUAGGAUUUGAGGAGGAAUUGAGAGUGAUCUUUCAGUGCUUGCCAAAAAAUAGACAAACUCUCUUAUUUUCUGCAACAAUGACCAGCAACCUGCAGACACUACUUGAGCUUUCAGCCAAUAAAGCAUACUUCUAUGAAGCAUAUGAAGGCUUUAAGACGGUUGAAACACUUAAGCAGCAGUAUGUUUUCAUCCCUAAAACUGUAAAGGAUGUUUAUCUGAUCCACAUUUUGUCCAAAAUGGAAGACAUGAAUAUUCGCUCGGCCAUGAUAUUUGUCUCAAGAUGCAGAGACUGUCAUCUUCUAAGUUUAUUACUGGAAGAGCUUGAUGUGGAGACUGCAGCUCUGCAUUCACUUAAAUCUCAGGCUCUAAGGCUUUCUGCACUGCAUCACUUUAAAUCUGGACAAGUUUCUAUACUAAUUGCAACUGAUGUUGCCAGUCGUGGUUUGGAUAUUCCUACAGUUGAUCUAGUCAUAAAUUAUGAUUUACCAAGGUAUCCUAGAGAUUAUAUUCAUCGUGUCGGUCGAACUGCAAGAGCUGGUAGAGGAGGGUUAGCCGUGAGCUUUGUUACUGAGAAUGAUGUGCAGCUUGUUCAUGAAAUAGAAGCUGAACUGGGAAAGCAGUUGGAAGAGUUUGAGUGUAAAGAAAAGGAAGUGCUUUCUGAUUUCACAAAGGUGUGCAAGGCAAAGCGAGUAGCAGCAAUGAAGAUGAUGGAUGAUGGCUUUGAAGAGAAAGUAAAAGAACGGAGAAAACAGAAGCUCAAGACACUAGCAGAUAAGGGAUUACUGAAGAAAAAGGAUAGAAAGAGAAAAAGGGUAAAAUCUUCAAAAAGUAGUGACAGUUUAUAACAGAAAAGUGCAGGACCCCUGCACUUCACUUAACCAUCGAUGGAACAAUGGUUAACCCUUUUGUCCGCGCAAGCCAGACUGCAAAACAGCUUUCUGAAUUUAUAACCUCUACCUCUCUUAAUGUUCUUUGCAUCUGCACAUGCUGCAUGCUCCAUUUUGUCCAGGAGCAUGCUCUAUGCAAAACAAAAUUGAGAUUUAAUUUUGCCCCCCUUGUUAUUGUUAUCUAUGAAAUCUGUUGAGGAAAUUAGAAUAAGUUUUUGAAGUUCUU